GCUCUGUCAGAGAGUUUGGGUGUUUGCCUACGCGAGUGCAGAGAAAGAGGAGAAACAGGUUUAAACUCUGUAUCCGCAUACGAAAGACAAACAUUUGCCCCAGACGGAACACUGAGGAACAGGAAUAGAGCACAAAACAACACAUCACCAUGCAGAGCCUGGGAUCUCGGGGCCGCACCCUCUCCGAGGACCAAUUCUCAUGCUCCAUCUGCUUGGAGGUGUUCGUGGAGCCCGUCUCCACUCCAUGCGGCCACAGCUUCUGCAAGGCCUGCCUGCAGGGCUACUGGAACCACAGCAAGAAGGUGGUCUGCCCCAUGUGCAAGAAGACCUUCUCCAAAAAGCCGGAGCUGUGCGUGAACCGUGUGCUAGCUGAGAUAGCUGAGCAGUUCCAGGGCUUGUCCAUGGCCCCAGGUGCAGGGGUCACCGAUGUUGGGGCUGCAGGAAGCCCAGGGGCCUCUCCAGGGACCCCGCAAAGAGAUGAGGAUGGGGGCGACUUUGCCAAACCCGGAGACAUCCCCUGCGAUGCCUGCAUCGGGAGGAAGAUGAAGGCUCUCAAGUCAUGCCUGAGCUGCCCCGGCUCCUUCUGCGAGGCCCACCUCCGGCACCAUAGGAAAGUGAAGACCAUGGCUAAGCAUAAGCUGGUGGACCCUGUCCACCACUUGGAGGAGAAGCUGUGCAAGAAGCAUGAGCGUCUCCUAGAGGCAUACUGCUGCAACGACCACAUGUGCGUGUGCAGAGAGUGCGCGGACGUGGGGCACAAAACGCACGAAAUCAUCUCAGCCGAUCGGGAAUACAAGAAGAGGAUGAGUCAACUGGGGAAGAGGAGAUCAGAACUGAAACACUUGAUCAAGGAGAGAGCCAAGAAACUAGAAGAGAUCAAACAGUCCAUCAAAGUCAUCAAAUCGAACAGUCAGCGGGAAAUCGAGGAGAGCUGGAUGGUGUACGCAGAGCUGCAGAGGCUGCUGGAGCAGAGUCAGGCUCAGCUGGUGGAGCAGAUCACCUCUCGGCAGAAGCACGCCGAGCAGCAGGCCAGAGAGCUGGCUAGCCGUCUGGAGCAUGAGCUCAACCUGCUCAGGAACAGGAGCAGCGACCUGGAUGCCCUCGCGCACACACAAGACAAAGUGCUCUUCCUACAGCACCUCACCACUCUCCCUCCUCCACCCGAGUCUACUGACUGGUCAGGUGUGUCAGUGAACACAGAUCUGUACCUGGGCACGAUCAGGAAGUCUGUCAACACGCUAGUCGAGAAGUUCCAAGAAGAGGAGAAACGCCUGUAUGGGAAAGAGCUAAGAAAGAUGCAGAACUAUGCAAGUGAGGUGUUCAUGGAUCCGGUGACGGCACAGCGCAACCUGGUGGUGUCCGAGGACGGUCGGCAGGUGCAUUACGAAGAGGGCCGUAAACCCUCGUCCCAGUCGGACAGCCCACGCCGCUUCAGUCCAGCGCUGUUCGUGCUCGGCCGUGAGGGAUUUUCGUCCGGCAGGCACUACUGGGAGGUGGAUGUGGGCCGGAAGACAGGUUGGACCAUCGGGGUGGCCCGGGUGUCUGCCCGUCGCAAAGGAGAAAUCCGGCUCUGCCCGGAAGGUGGCUACUGGUGCCUGUGGCUGAAGAACGGGGAGGUGAAAGCCCUGGCCUCCAGCAGGAUCCCCCUACAGCUGCCCACAGUGCCCCAAAAGCUGGGCAUAUACCUGGAUCACGAGGGAGGACAGGUGUCCUUCUAUGACGUGAAGGCGCAGUCCCACCUCUACACGUUCAUGGAUACGUUCGGUGAGAACGUGCACCCCAUCUUCAGCCCCUGCGUCAGUCAAGAAGGGAAGAACGCAGGAGCACUGGUCAUCACGACAGUGAAACAUGGGGGGUGUCAGCUGUGUCGUGUGUCAUUGCUGUCCACAGCAGAGCGGUCACUGUAUGCAGGGACUUUCUGCAGCUACAUCUCCCUGGGAAUGGCUUCCCCUACAAACAUGUUAGUUGAAGAGCAGGUGCACUGUUCCAUCUGCCUGGAUGUGUUCACCAAUCCGGUGUCCAUCCCCUGUGGACACAACUUCUGCAUGGCCUGCAUUGGCAACUACUGGAAGGCCAGUGCUCUCUUCAUGUGCCCGAUUUGCAAGAAGACCUUCUUCAAGCAGCCGGACAUUAGCAUCAAUACUGUGCUGCGUGAGAUUGCGGAGCAGUUCAAAGAAAUGAGGGCCAAACCUGUCCUGAAGCCCAGUAGUCAACAGGUCCUUGAGACAGAGCAAUGUCCAGAAGAACUCCCCAUAGAAGUACCAGAACUGAUCCCACCGAGUGGACUGUGGUCACAGGAGGUGUCCUGUGACGUCUGCACUGGACCCCAGCAACUGGCUGUGAAGUCCUGCCUGGUUUGCCUCACUUCGUACUGCGAGGAGCAUCUAAAGACGCACACGGCCAGGUUCACCAAGCACAAACUGAUCGAGCCAGUGCAGAAUCUGGAGGACCGCAUGUGUAAGAAGCACGAGAGGCUGCUGGAGCUGUUCUGUAAGAAAGACCAGCUCAUGGUGUGUGUGCUCUGCACCGAGAUGGACCACAGGGCUCACUACACUGUGCCUGUUGAACGAGAAUGGAGCGAGAAGAAGGUUCAGCUGAGGAAAACUGAGGCAGAGGUUCAGCAGAUGAUCCAGGAACGGCUGAAGAAGGUGGAGGACGUUAAACACUGCGUGGAACUGAACAAAAGCAGCGCACAGAGGGAGAUCGAGGACAGCAUGCAGGUGUUCUCAGACCUGGUCCGUGCAGUCCAGAAGGCCCAGGCCGAGCUUGUUCUGGCCAUCGAAGAGAAGCAGAGGAAAACGGAACGUUGGGCUCAGAGUCUCAUUGAGGAGCUGGAACAGGAGAUCACUGUGCUAAAGAUGAGGAACAGUGAGCUCAAUCACCUCGCUCACACCGAAGACCACAUUCACUUCCUCCAGAACUUCCCAUCUCUGAUCACCCACCCACAAACUAAAGACUGGUCUGAGACCCAUGUGCACACAGAUCAGUGUGUGGGGACCAUCAGGAGGGCCGUGUCCAAACUGGAGGAGACCCUGACAGAGGAGAUAGAGAAACUCGCAGAAAAUGAGCUGAAGAGGAUUCAGAAGUACUCAGUGGACGUGACCCUUGACCCUGACACGGCCAAUCCAUGGCUGCAGUUGUCCGAGGACAGGCGCCAGGUGCGUCACCUGGGGGCAUGGCAGGACCUACCGGACAACCCUGAGCGAUUCGACACGGUGGUCAUCACCCUGGGCCGGGAGGGUUUUACCUCUGGCCGUCAUUACUGGGAGGUACAAGUUGGCGAAAAGGACGACUGGUACCUGGGCUUGGCCCGCGAGUCGGUCAACAGGAAGGGGCGGAUUGCGGUGAGCACGUCUCAAGGCUACUGGGCGCUGGCUAUGAAGAAGGGGCAGGGGUACCGAGUGUCCUCCUCCCCGCCCCUCCUUCUCUCCAUCGAGCCCAAGCUGAAGAGGGUGGGUGUGUACGUGGACUUCGAGGAAGGACAGGUUUCGUUUUACGACGUACUGACGAGAAGCCACAUCUACACCUUCAUGGACUCCUUCAGAGAGAAGCUCUACCCCUUCUUCUACCUGUACUGCUGCGAUAAGGCCUCCGACACGCUGAGCAUCUGCCCUGCGAUGGACAGAAUGCCCAACAAACAGUGCUGAGAAAGGGGGGGACACUGAUGCGAGGAAGAUGUUGGCGCUGAUUAGUAUCUACACUUUUAGAAAUAAAGGUACCAAGAAGGGAUCUUUAGAGCGACGCCAUAGAAGAACCACUUUUGGUUCCUUAAAAAAAACUUUCACUUUUGUAAAGGAGUUGUGUGAUGGUGAAGAACCUUCUUAAAGUUUAAAGAACCCCCACAUUCAAGGAACAACCCCUAAAUUGGAGUGGAGCAUUUACAUUAUGUAAAGGUUCUCCAUAUCGUUCUUUGGGUGGCAUUGCUCAAAGAAACCUUUGUGGCGCCUUCUCUUAAGAUCAGCAAAUAGGGUUCUGUACAGUAUCAAGAAAGGUUCUAUGACUUGUAACACAGUGGAGCCCUAUUUGGUGAAAUAAAGAAGCAUUUCUUAGAACCAUAAAUGACAUCAUAGAGAAGAACCACUGUGUAUGAGGUGUGUGAGUGUGAAGAACCUUCUUAAAGUUUAAAGAACCUCCACGUUCAAGGAAGAAGCCUUAAAUUGGUGUAGAACAUUUACAUUAUGUAAACGUUCUCCAUAUCGCUCUUUGGGUGGUUCUUCUGUGGCAUUGCUCAAAGAAACCUUUGUGGCGCCUUCUCUUAAGACCAGCAAGUAAGGUUCUGCAUAGUAUCAAGAAAGGUUCUAUGACUUGUAGCAACACUGGAGCCCUAUUUGGUGAAAUAGAGAAACAUUUUUAAACGAUCCUUUGAAGAACCAGGAAUGACAUCAUAGAGAAGAACCAUUUUUGACAAUUAACAUGCCAAAAAGGGGUCUUUAGAGCAACGCCAUAGAAGAACCACUUUUGGUUCCUAAAAAACCCUUCAAUGGUUCUUUGAAAAACCACUUCUGUAAAUGAGAUGUGUGAGUGUGAAGAACCUUCUUAAAGUUUAAAGAACCUCCACGUCAAGUAAACGUUCAAGGAAAAACCCCCUAAACUGCUGUAGAACAUUUACAUUAUAAAAAGGUUCUCCAUAUCACUCUUUGGGUGGUUCUUCCAUGGCAUUGUUCAAAGAAACCUUUGUGGCACCUUGUCUUAAGAUCAGCAAAUAGGGUUCUGUAUAGUAUCAAGAAAGGUUCCAUGAUUUGUAACGACAGUGGAGCCCUAUUUGGUGAAAUAGAGAAGCAUUUUUAAACGAUUCUUUGAAGAACCAUGAAUGACAUCAUAGAGAAGAACCAUUUUUAAAAAUGGGUCUUUGGAGCGACACCAUAGAAGAACCACUUUUGGUUCUGUAAAAAAACCUUUCAAUGGUUCUUUGAAGAACCACUUUCGUAAAUGAGGAGGUUGUCUGAACAAGAAGCCAUAAAUUGGUGCAGAACCCUUAGAUUAUUCCCAAAGAACCUUUAUUGGCACUUUCCGGUUGAGUGUACACUCUCAGCCAAAAAGGGUUUCAUGUAGUGUCAAGAAAGGUUCUAUGACUUGGAACAACAGUGGAACCAUUUUUGGUGCUUUAAAGAACCACUUUUUAAAAGAUUCUUUAAACUAUCAUGUAUGACAUCAUAAAGAAGAACCAUUUAACCAAAAAAGGAGUGCUUAAAGGGAUGAUUUACUCGCUAUAAAAUUAUGUUACACAUUAAUCUCACAUAUGUUUUUAAAUGUAUGAAGGUGAUUAUUUUUAUUAUUGUUAUUAUUAUUGUGCCCAGUAAUUUAACAGCGUCUCCUCUUGGCUGAUUGCAGUCAGGCAUAGUACGGUUUACUGCAUGCGAAAAUUAGAACAUGUGCAAAAAUAAACUGUGAUAAGAAAAACACAAAGUUGAGUUGCCAUGUUUUUAUGAUGUGUUUAUGAUGAAUGAAUGACUGUGUAAUUAAACGUUACAGUGAGUUUCUGUUGUCUGUUUAACGCAGUGAUAUGAGUCAUCAGUCUAAAGGUCUCAGUCUAAGUGCUGUCAGUAACACCUUAACUGUGCGUAGGUGGAGAAACAUACCUGGAAAACGAAACUACUUCAUGUACUGGGUAACAGUGAAAGUA